AUGAGUCUCAGCGUCGGCCCCUCGUCGCUGCCUGUCGACCGCUUCUCCGACCCCUACGACUCCGCGUACCGUUGCCGCCCGCCUAACUCUACCACCGGACUGCACCGCUCUCACGAUAGUGAGCAUCAAGCGAUGCUGCCAGGAAGCCGAGGCGCAUUCAAUGGCGCCCCAGACAUGGCGCCACCACCACACAUGCGCCCAACGCCGUCCGUUUUCGGGGAAAGUUUCUCGCCCGAGCAAGGGUUUUCGGGUCCUUCUUUCGGCGCGGACACGAUGACGCCUCCCAUUGGCGGGUGGGGGUCGGCGCGGGCGGCGGUGGUCAUCCGCAGCGGCGACGACGAGGACCAGUCGCGCCACGUCCCCAUCGCCUACCGCCCUCCGCCCCAUCCGCCCCGCCCGUGCGGCUCUCAAGCUCCGCCAGCCCCCGCGCUGCACCUGGCGGAGGGCGUGACGAUAAGGAAGGGCAACGACGACGACUUCGACGCGUCGCAGGCUUUUCCGCUUUCCGCCAGCAGCUUCCGCGGCAGCGCCCCGCAGGCACCUCCGCAUCUCCGCCGCCUCGACCCCGCGUUCCCCAACGCCGAGUAUGCCCCGGCAGUCGCAGCCGCGCCGUCUUUCGACGGCUACGGCGGCCGCGGCGAUUUCGGGGCGUAUAAUUCCAGCCCGCAGCGCUUCGACGGCCGGGUUCGCGUCUCCCCUCCGGAAUACGGAGGCGUUGGCGCAGGUCGCAUGGGCGGGUCACCGCAGAUGUAUGCAGCGGGCGGAGGGGGUAGCGGGGCGGAAUGGCCGGGGCAUCAGUUCGGCAGCGACCCGGGCAGGGGCAGGCGGAGUCUGGACGGGGGUACUGCGCGCAUGGGCGCGGGGGCGAUGGGCGCGCGGGACGCGAAUGUGGCGGGCGAGCUCCGCGAAAUGGCGGGCGUGGGCGGCAUGCGGCCAGGACAGGGCGUUUUCGCGUCAAGGUCGUAUGACGAGCAGAGGAACCGCGAAAUUUAUGGCAAUACGCCCGGCGCAAUGCGCGGAGCAGGUUGCGCGGAUGGCAUUGGUAGAGAAGCAAGCUGGCGGAACGGCGGCGAGUACUACCCGGGGGAGCGGGAAUCCGACGGGCGAAGCGGCGGCGGGAGCCAUCAGAGCGCGCUGUCGCUGAAGGAGGAGCUGGCGGCGCUUGACGGGGGCAACGUUGGCGCGCGCGACGACGCGCCUCUGCGGAGCUCCCAGCAACCCAACUCCGACGAAAGCUGGAACCUAGCCUUCAACCCGUCGUGCGAAUACCCCCAAAGCAACCAGUUCACUCACCAACCUAAAUACUCCACCAACGACCCUGCAGAUUCCGGUGCUUACCUAAGCGCCGACUUUUCCAUCUACUCCUCCACCUCUCUCUCCCUUCCUUUCCGCUCUCGCUACCCAACUUCUGGCUUUCCUCCUGGCAGCAGUGGGGUGUGGGGAGGGUCCGUGGUGGCAGAGAGUGAUGCGGGCAGUGUGAUGGGCGGAGGGGGGGCGGGGCCAGGAGGUGAUUGCCGUCUGUUCACGCAGGAGCAGCUGGCGAGGGCAACGGACAACUGGAGUCCGGAGAAUCAACUCGGCAAGGGUGCUUUCGGCACGGUGUACAGGGGGCGGGUGAUGGGGUGUGACGUGGCAGUGAAGCGGCUGGAGGGCACGAGCUGGCAGGGCCCGGAUGAGUACAUGACGGAGGUGGAGGUGCUGAGUCGCAUGCGCCACCCGCACAUCGUGCUGCUCAUGGGCCACUGCCCCGACGCCAUGUGUCUCGUCUACGAGUACCUGCCAGGUGGCUCCCUGCAGGACCACCUCAAGCCCACGGCCGGGCGGCGGCCUUUGUCUGUAGUGGAGCGCGUGCGGGUGGCGUCGGAGGUGGCGUCGGCGCUGCUGUUUCUGCACCACCACGACCCGCCCAUCGCCCACCGCGACCUCAAGCCCGACAAUGUGCUGCUGGACGGCAACCGCGGGUGCAAGCUGGCGGACGUGGGGCUGGCGCGGCUCAUUGCGGAGGACGACUCCACCACCACGCGGGUGCGCGGCACCGUGGGGUACAUCGACCCCGAGGAGGUGCUCACCUUUGAGAUCAGCGUGCUGUCCGACGUGUAUGCGCUGGGGCUCAUCAUGCUGCAGCUGCUGACGGGGGAGCCGGGCAUCAAGAGUCUGCACAAGCGCAUCAAGCCAUUCCAGGACGCCCUCGACCGCUACUGGGAGCAGGGAGGUGCUGUCGACAGCAGCAGCAGCGGCGGCAGCCCCAUGGUGCAGGCCGUGGCAGCGCUGGUGUCAGAGCACCUGGACGUGUCGGGCGGCGAGUGGCCGCUGUCAGUUGCUUGCCAGCUGGCAGAGUGGGGCCUGCGGUGUGCCGCCCGGCAGCGGGCGUGCCGCCCGGAUCUGGCGGGCGAGCUGCAGCCGGCGCUGCAUGGGCUGGUGGAGGAGAUGGAGGCGGGGGAGAGGCAGCGGCAGCAGAGCAUUGAGGACCAGUUUGUGUGCCCGCUCUCGCACAUGCGUAUGACCGACCCAGUGGUAGCAGCAGACGGUUUCACAUACGAGCGCAGCAGCAUAGAGGAGUGGCUCAAGACUCAUGACACAUCGCCAUCCACUAAUGAACCAUUGCCGCAUGAAUACCUCACACCCAAUCAUUCACUCCGCAUGCUGUUGCAGUAA